AAAGCGCCAAAAAACACCAACGAACGAACGACCCUAAGCUCCUUCUUCUCUUCUCUGACAGAUAACUGACCAACAAACAUCAAAUCUCUCUCUCUCUCUCCCGAUUCCGUACCCCUGAAUCCCGAGAUCAAUGUCUCCCACUCUCCUAUCUUUGAUCUGUCUCUAAUUCCUCUCUCUCUUAUCUUUAAUCUGCUAUUCCAUAGAUCUUGCUAUUCUAUGGAGAUGGCUUCCAUCUCUUCGAGCCCUCGCACCGUCGAAGAGAUCUUCAAGGACCUCAGCGCUCGUCGCUCUGGCGUCCUUCGUGCUCUCACUUACGAUGUCGAUGAUUUUUACACACUCUGCGAUCCAGAGAAGGACAAUCUAUGUUUGUACGGACAUCCUAAUGAGACAUGGGAAGUGACAUUGCCGGCGGAGGAAGUUCCGCCAGAGCUGCCGGAGCCUGCAUUGGGGAUCAAUUUCGCGAGAGAUGGGAUGAAUCGGAGAGACUGGCUAUCGUUGGUGGCUGUGCAUACUGAUUCUUGGUUGCUCUCCGUUGCUUUCUAUUUUGGAGCUCGGCUUAAUCGUAACGAGAGGAGCCCAAGUCCUCCUCAGUCAAAUGACUUGGUGCUGUCAAAGUUAAUAGAGGGAUCAUCUAAUCUUUUUAAGGAUGAACAAACAAAUCACACCAUACAAUUGGGGCCAGUUGAUGGAGUUCGCGACUGUGGGAUGCACAUUCCCAUUCUGAAUGAAUCAUUUGGUGUAGGUCUCCCUACAACUGUUUUGAAGCGAUUGUUCAGCCUGAUAAAUGAUCUGCCCACCAUGUUUGAGGUCGUAACAGAGAGGAAGCCCAUGAAGGACAAGCCCAGUGUGGAUAGUGGGAGCAAAUCUAGGAUCACCACAAAGAGGUCAAGUGAUGGACAGGUAAAAAGCAACCAAAAGCUAUAUGAUGAGAGCUAUGGAGAGGAGGAUGACGAACACAGUGAAACUCUUUGUGGGAGCUGUGGAGGAAAUUACAGUGGUGAUGAGUUCUGGAUUGGCUGUGACAUCUGUGAGAGGUGGUUCCAUGGAAAGUGUGUAAAAAUAACACCAGCAAAGGCAGAAAAUAUCAAGCAGUACAAAUGCCCUUCAUGCAGCACAAAAAGAGGCAAGCAGUAG